UGCCACAUCAGUGCCACAUUUCAGUGCCCAUCAGUGCCACCCAUCAGUGCCAGUCAGUGCCACCUAUCAAUGCCAGUCAGUGCCACCUAUCAGUGCUACCAAUCAGUGCAACCUAUCAGUGCUGCCAAUCAGUGCCGCCUAUCAGUGCCAGUCAGUGCUGCCUAUCAGUGCCUGUCAGUGCCGCCUAUCAGUGUGCAUCAGUGCCACCUAACAGUGCCAGUCAGUGCCACCUAACAGUGCCAGUCAGUGCCGCCUAUCAGUGCCAGUCAGUG